AUGGAGACUCUAAAGUGGGCUUGGGGGUACGUCACUUGGCCAGUAGCGCGUGCUGCUGAGAAGGCUCCAGAGAUCCCAAUUCGAACACCAGGUGGAAUAUACGUGAAGAUAGCUGGACUUCUUGGUGCAAGUGCAGUUGCUGCUUUGGCUUACGCUGGUCACGGUAAGUCAAAUUCUAAAGAUUUAGAGAAGCGUCGCCAGACUUUCAAAACAGGUGCACAAAUACAUAUUAUCCACUCGGUGGCUUUUUUAUGUGUCCGUAACUCCAGGUACCCAGCUCUGACUGCGUCUCUCUUCCUGACUGGGACGUGUUUAUUUUCCGUUACAUGCUACUACACUGCCAUCACAAAUAACAGGAGCAUUGUGAUGGCUGCGCCGGUUGGUGGUAUAACGCUGAUGCUUGCGUGGUUAUCCUUUGUCUUAUAA